AUGGCCGACGCAUCGGGAAAUUCGUUGAAGCGUCCUCACGCCGAGGAUCAAAUCGACAACUCCCAGAAAAGGACCCGCUCCAACCAUGGGUCCCCGGUACCAGCUCAAGGAGGUGCUGCCCCGGGAAAACCAGAUAUCGCGAAAAUGGUCGCCGAGGCAAGAGCAAAGGCAGAUGCUGUCCGCGCUCGCCUUCAAGCACGCAGCGGCGCGACGGCGAGUCCGACGCCCCCUCCACCAUCAGCACCGGCUUCGGCAAGUCCUACUCCGCCAGCGCCCAGUCCCGGAAUGUCGAGAUUAGAACAGAUGAAAGCUAGGGUCGCUGCAGCUACCCAAAGAGCCAAUGCACCCUCUUUGUCACGACCUAGUGCGCCUGCGCCAUCCCACCAACCUCCGGUUCGCGACGAUGAGGGUAUGAACAAGGCCCGCGGUGGCCUAGAUGUUGGUCUUCACCCUGCACUUCUCUCCGAUACUAUACCUGAACCUCGUGGUGGACGUCAAGCCAAGCCAAAACGCGCCGGUGGGCCCCAGCUCGAUCUGUCUGGGCCGUCUGUGGAAGAAAUCAAGAACAACCCAUACUUCGAUCCAGCUCUCAAUCCCAAGGCAACGAUCGCAAAGCCCCGACAAACUCGACAGCUUAUCUUCAACCAGAAAGGCAAAUAUAUCCAGCAGGCUGCCGCUCUGCGCAGACAGGCACAGUUGGAGGCUAUGAAGAAGAGGAUUGCAGAGAAAGCGCGACAGGCCGGUCUCGAGGACGACAUUGACGUGGAGAAAGCGUUCCUUGUUCCUGCUCCACCAGCUAUUGAGUGGUGGGACGAAGGUCUGGUCAAUGGUGGCGACUACAAUGCAAUUGAUGACCCGCAAAACAUCAAAAUCGAUACCCCCGACACUAUCAUCACCCGCUAUAUUCAGCACCCUAUUCAGCUUGAACCUCCACAAGAUAAACAUGCGCCCCCGCAAAAGCCAAUGUAUCUUACUCCCAAGGAACAAGCUAAGAUCCGACGACAGCGACGCAUGGCGGACCUCAAGGAACAGCAAGCCAAGAUCAGACUGGGUCUUAUUGAAGCACCGGCUCCUAAGGUCAAGAAAUCAAACCUCAUGCGUGUUUUGGGAGAACAAGCGGUCAAGGAUCCCACGGCGGUUGAAGCCCGGGUUACCAGGGAGAUCGCAGAGCGAAGGGAGGCCCACGAGAUGGCGAACGAAGAGCGCAAACUGACCAAAGAGCAACGUCACGAGAAAUUAGCAGCGCAGCAGGAGAAGGACGCUGCUAUGGGCAUCUUCCAAUCCGUGUACCGGAUUGACAGUCUGGCGAGCGGGCGAAACCGUUUCAAGAUCGGCAAGAACGCGGAGCAGAAUAAAUUGACCGGCAUUUGCAUCAUGCAUCCCAGGUUCAAUUUGGUGGUUGUUGAAGGCGGCAAGCACUCUAUCAAUAAUUAUCGAAAGUUGAUGAUGAACCGCAUCGACUGGACCGAAAACCCCGGUUCUGAUCGUGUAGCCCCAGACAGCCCCGAAGCCCAGGUGUCUUGGUUGUCUACUGAGGAUGAGAAGGGAGAGCCUCGGGAUCUCAGUUCGAACACUUGCAAUCUCCUCUGGGAAGGCCAGGUCAAGGCCCGGGCUUUCAAGAGAUGGUUUGGUGCUCGUAUUUGCGAAACGGACUCGGCAGCCAAAGACGCAUUGUCCCGGGCGAAGAUGGAGAACUUCUGGACUUUGGCAAAGAGUGCUCAGGCAGCUGGGCGUUAA